UUGGCUGCUUGGAUUUAAAGCGAUAGACGCUGUUGGAGUCCUACAAGACGGUCCUCAAUACCCUCCCCAGAAGUCUUGGGACCAUUUGGGUCCCCAGAUCUGGGGAGAUGGUUUGCGGCGGAUUUGCCUGUUCCAAGAAUGCGCUGUGCGCUCUCAACGUGGUUUAUAUGCUUGUGGGCUUAUUGCUCAUUGGCGUGGCUGCCUGGGGCAAGGGCCUCGGUGUGGUGUCUAGCAUUCACAUCAUUGGCGGAGUCAUUGCUGUGGGAGUCUUCCUUCUCCUCAUCGCGGUGGCGGGACUGGUGGGUGCCGUGAACCACCAUCAAGUGCUGCUCUUCUUUUAUAUGAUCAUCCUGGGUUUGGUCUUCAUCUUCCAGUUUGGAAUCUCUUGCUCAUGUCUGGCUAUUAACAGAAACAAACAGGCGGAUGUCAUCAGUACUUCAUGGUGGGUCUUGAGCAACAGUACCCGACAUGAAUUGGAGAGAAGUUUUGACUGCUGUGGCUUGUUCAACCUUACAACCCUGCACCUACAAGAUGACACUUCCUGCAGUGCAAUGUGCAAAACUAGGAGCUCUAUGUGCCAGAUGUGUGGGGAGAUGUUCCUUAAACAUUCGGACAAAGCCCUCAAGAUCCUGGGAGGUGUUGGGCUCUUCUUUAGUUUCACAGAGAUCCUUGGUGUUUGGCUAGCAAUGAGAUUCCGGAAUCAAAAAGACCCUCGAGCCAACCCCAGUGCCUUUCUAUGAGACUUUUGAUCUCCUGGAUAGGGUCUUUGCAACAUAGGCUGGUUUCCAGCUUGCUCUGUAGCUAAGGAGGACCCUGAACUCCAGAUCCUCCUGCCUCAGCCUCCUGCCGCCAUUACAGGCGUCACCACACUCAGCCAACCUCUGGAUCCUUCUGACUUGGCCUUGCUGUCUCCCAGCUUUUUAAACACCCCCAAUUCUCAAAAACCUAGGGUGGCCACUACAUACAGUGUUCUGUUUUAGAGAAGUAUUUUACCUCACUCCCAAGAACUGAUCAAGUGAUGGCUAGAGUUGUUUGUGUUUUGAUGGGAAUGAGAUUCCAUGCGUCUGCCUACAAGGGUAACUGUUUUCCCUCCCUUCAAGACCCUUGGCUUCAAGGACAAAAUCAGAACACUAAGGGAAAACCCAGGGCCUCACAGUGCUGGGCAAGUAUUUCUACCAGUCAGCUGUCAUCCCAGCCCCACCUACGGUCUCUGUCCAAGCAGGACCAGUGAACUUAAACUGAAGCCAUUUUGACCGAAUAUUCAAAGGGAUUUGAAAGAUCCUCUGGUCCAUGCGGGGAACUUGCUUUCAUGUGGUUUUUGUCAAACCUCCCAGUGGCAAAGCCAAUCAGAAAAACAUUAAAGAAAAAUAAAGACCAUACUUCUU